GCGUGGGAGUGUGUAGGCGUGUGUUGUAUAUAACCCUUAGCUCACGCUGAAAGGUUCCUCCAUGUGCCCUUUGCUCCUCAGCUACCACUAUAAAGGGACCUCAGCGUGCAGACAAGGGCUCAUGUAUUCAGCUUUUCUCAUUUGUAUAAAGUCAAUACCAUGGCCAGCAAACACAAACUAAUUCUUACUGGAUUUCUGAUUUUCAUUUCAGUGCCGUGGACAGUGUCCGUUUCAGAGGAAGAGCUCCACGCCAGCUACUGGAACAACAAAGGGAAGCAGGCUCUUCACACUGCCCUCAAUGUUCAACCGAAUCUCCACCAAGCCAAGAACAUCAUCCUCUUCCUGGGGGACGGUAUGGGGGUUACAACAGUGACUGCUGCACGAAUCCUCAAAGGCCAGUUGGCAGGGAAAUCAGGGGAGGAGACCAGUCUGGUUAUGGAUACCUUCCCGCACGUGGCCCUAUCCAAGACAUACAACGUGGAUCAGCAGAUGCCGGACAGUGCUGGCACAGCCACAGCUUACUUAUGUGGUGUGAAGGCCAACUACGGCACCCUGGGUGUCACUGCCGCUACCCCAAGGUCCAACUGUAAUGCUAGCUUUGACAAUGAGGUUUCGUCGGUUCUGGACCGUGCCAAGAAAGCAGGAAAAUCAGUGGGAAUCGUCACCACCACCAGAGUACAACAUGCCUCUCCUGGAGCAAGUUAUGCUCACUCUGCUGACCGAAGCUGGUAUUCAGACUCUGACCUCACCCCUGAGGCUGUCCAAAAUGGCUGCCGUGACAUUGCUCACCAGCUGGUUUACAACACGGAGAUAAAUGUCAUUCUUGGUGGAGGUCGUCGGUACAUGUUUCCCAAAAACAUGCAAGACCCAGAGUAUCCAACUACAAGUACAGGAGACCGAAAUGAUGGACGGAAUCUUGUUAUGGAGUGGUUGAAGAACAAAAAGAAAUCUUCAUAUGUUUGGAACAAAGCUGAUUUUGAUGCCAUCAAUCCUAAAAAUACAGACUUCCUGAUGGGUCUCUUUGAGCCUAGCGACUGCCGCUACGAGUUGGACCGUGAUCCAUCCAUGGACCCCUCACUUACAGAAAUGGUGGAGAAAGCAAUUAAGAUUCUCAGCAAGAACCCAAAGGGAUAUUUCCUCUUUGUGGAAGGUGGGAGAAUUGACCACGCACACCAUGCAUCAAAGGCCAAAAAAGCUCUCCAUGAGGCUGUUGAGUUUGACCGAGCAGUUGGGCGAGCAGCUGAACUCACCAGUGAGCUGGACACUCUGACUGUGGUCACUGCUGACCACUCUCAUGUCUUUGCAUUUGGAGGAUACUCCUCCAGAGGAAACUCCGUUUUCGGGGUGUCUAGAUCACUUGCUGAUGACAACAAGCACUUCACCACUGCUGUGUAUGGAAAUGGACCAGGAUACAAGAUUGUCAAUGGAACUCGCCCAGAUAUGAAUGAGACAAUUUCAUCGGAUAAGGAUUACCGUCAGCAGGCUCCCGUCCCUCUUGAGUCAGAGACCCACGGCAUAGAGGAUGUAGCUAUCUUUGCCAAAGGUCCUAUGUCUCACCUUUUCCAUGGGGUCCAGGAGCAGAGCUAUAUUGCCCACGUCAUGGCUUAUGCUGGUUGUCUGGAGCCCUACGAAGAUUGCGCCCUGCCUUUGCCCAACCAUGCUCGAUCCAUCCACCCCAGUCUGCUGCUGCUGCUCAUCCUGAUGGGCCUCCUUCUCUUCUCCCUCUGAUGAAAGCUUUUGGAGAAAUUGUCCUGAUUUUGGAAUAGCAGUGCUAUGUAUGCAGUAUUUUUCUAAAAAAAAAAAAAAAAAAAA